UCCAGCCCAGAGAGAGAGAGAGAGAGAGGGAGAUGGAUUUGCAGAGAGGCAUACAUCUGCUGCACCAGCAAUACAAGGCGCUGUUGAAGAAGAACCUCCUUCUCUCGUGGCGGAACAAGCGAACAACCUUCCUUCAGCUAUUCUCCUCGUUCUUCUUCAUCUUCCUCAUAUUCUGCAUCGAGAAGGCCAUUCACGCUCGCUUAUCCACCUCCACUAACUUUAACAACGUCUUCGAACCCGACCUCCUGCUCGCGCCUUCGAUUCCCCCCUGCGAGGACAAGUACUACGUCAAGCUUCCCUGCUUCGAUUUUGUCUGGAGUGGUAAUGGCAGCGCCAGAGUCGAGAGGAUCGUCAGCAAAAUCAUGGCCAACAAUCCUGAAAGACCUAUUCCUUCGAACAAGGUUAAAUCUUUCAGUACGUCUGAAGAAGUAGAUGCAUGGCUUUUUAGUGAUCCCAUGAGAUGUCCAGGUGCUCUGCAUUUUAUUGAAAGAAAUGCUACUGUAAUAAGCUAUGGCUUACAGACAAACUCCACCCCAGCUAACAAGCGAGGGCAUUUUGAAGAUCCCACCUUCAAGUUUCAAAUUCCACUUCAAAUUGCAGCAGAGCGUGAAAUUGCCAGAUCUCUCAUAGGAGAUCCAAAAUUCAGCUGGGUAGUGGGAUUUAAGGAAUUUGCACACCCUGCAAUAGAUCUUUUCACCGCUGUGGGCACAGUAGGACCAACAUUUUUCCUUGCAAUUGCAAUGUUUGGCUUUGUUUUCCAAGUGAGUUCUUUGGUCACAGAAAAAGAACUCAAACUCCGCCAGGCAAUGACCAUGAUGGGUCUUUAUGAGUCUGCCUACUGGCUCUCAUGGCUUACAUGGGAGGGAAUUACAACACUUCUUUCGUCCCUUUUCACGGUUUUGUUCGGAAUGAUGUUUCAGUUUGAUUUCUUCUUAAACAACAACUUUGCUGUUGUAUUCCUUCUAUUCUUUCUUUUCCAACUAAAUAUGACUGGUUUUGCCUUCAUGCUGUCAGCUUUUGUAAGCAAAUCAUCCUCAUCCACAACUAUGGGUUUUUCCAUUUUCAUUGUUGGCUUUCUGACUCAGCUUGUCACAGCAUUUGGGUUUCCGUACACAGACAAUUUCUCUAAUGUUUACCGGACCGUAUGGUCAUUAUUCCCACCUAAUCUUCUGGCUGAAGGCCUGAAGUUGCUUGCAGAUGCUACUUCCACUCCUCAGGAUGCUGGGAUUAGCUGGCAUGGACGGACUGAGUGUGCACCAAAUGAUACAGAAUGUGUGGUAACAAUUAAUGAUAUUUAUACAUGGCUUAUAGCAACAUUCAUUUUGUGGUUCGUUUUGGCUAUCUACUUUGACAACAUAAUCCCAAAUUCAUCUGGUGUGAGGAAAUCAAAGUGUUACUUUUUGAAGCCUGGGUACUGGACAGGGAAAGGUGGAAACAAGGCGGAAGAGGGUGGCAUCUGUAGUUGCAACAGUUCAGUUCCAUCACUUGAGCAUAUUACUCCGGAUGAUGAAGAUGUCCUUGGUGAGGAAAACAUUGUGAAAGAUCAAACAAAGGAAGGUGUCAUUGAUCCAAAUGUUGCAGUCCAGAUACGUGGUCUUUGCAAGACUUAUCCUGGGACAACAAAGAUCGGAUGCUGUAAAUGCACGAGAUCCUCACCUUACCAUGCUCUUAAGGGCUUAUGGGUGAACUUUGCAAAGGAUCAGUUAUUUUGUCUUCUUGGACCCAAUGGAGCUGGAAAAACUACAGCAAUAAACUGUUUGACAGGCGUCACUCCUGUGACUGGAGGAGAUGCAUUAAUUUAUGGAAAUUCCAUUCGAAGUUCCACUGGCAUGUCAAACAUUGGGCGAAUGAUUGGAGUUUGCCCCCAGUUUGAUGUUCUUUGGGAAUCAUUGUCUGGUCAAGAGCACCUCCACCUCUUUGCUAGCAUUAAAGGCCUUCCCCCUGCUUCAAUAAAAUCGAUUGCUCGGAGAUCAUUGGAAGAGGUGAGACUCACUGAAGCUGCAAAAAUGCGAGCUGGUAGUUACAGUGGAGGAAUGAAACGGCGCCUGAGUGUUGCAAUAGCACUUAUUGGCGACCCAAAGUUGGUAAUAUUGGAUGAACCGACAACUGGAAUGGAUCCAAUAACAAGGAGACAUGUAUGGGACAUAAUAGAGGAUGCAAAGCGAGGACGUGCCAUUGUACUAACAACACACUCAAUGGAAGAAGCUGACAUUUUGAGUGAUCGCAUAGGAAUCAUGGCAAAGGGUAGGCUCCGCUGCAUUGGAACAUCAAUCAGGUUGAAGUCUCGAUUUGGGACUGGUUUCAUUGCCAACGUGAGCAUCACUGGAAGUGCUAAUAUGCAAAGUACUCCCAAUGAGAGUGAAACUAUUACAACUCACCAUGAGGCUGUCAAGCAGUUCUUUAAAUCUCGCUUGAAUGUCUUACCAAAAGAGGAGAACAAAGCUUUCUUGACUUUUGUUAUUCCUCAUGAAAAGGAGGCACUGUUGACGAAUUUUUUUGCGGAGCUUCAAGAUAGACAAGCAGAAUUUGGAAUAGCAGACAUCCAACUCAGUCUUACUACUCUUGAAGAAGUAUUCUUGAACAUUGCAAAGCAAGCAGAGCUAGAGAGUGCACAAGUUGAGGGGACCUUCGCAACUCUGACUUUGUCAUAUGGUACACCAAUUCAGAUACCAGUAGGAGCGAGGUUUGUGGGCAUUCCAGGUACAGAGUCUGCAGAGAAUCCUAAAGGCGUUAUGGUAGAGGUAUAUUGGGAGCAGGAUGAUUCUGGUGCCCUCUGCAUUUCCGGCCACUCAACCGAAACUCAAAUACCUCCCAAUGUCCAACUGACGGACUCUUCAGCAGCAACCUCUCACAGAGGUCUUUUAGGCCGAGCAGGAUCAGUUCGAGGAAUCGUUAUUGAUCCUAAUCAAAUUCAUGCUACCAAUUCUGCAUGAUGUAUUUUCUCUUGAAAUUAUAUAUAUGCCUGUGUUGUAUACUUGAUUUGCACGCCCAACCUAUAUCUUGACACCAAUUUUGUUGUGUAAACAAGGGGAAACAAAGAGAAAGUUUGUGUAUUUAUAAUGUUGUAAUUUUAUAGAAUAAUAUAUUGCUCAUUUAUUGAUUUGUAAUUAAAGCUUGGAUUCUAGUUUGCUUUGUAGGAGGGUGAGUUUGGGAAUGGGUUGUUUUCUAUCCAACAAAGUUAUCUUACCUGGUCAUAAUUUAUUUAUUUAUUUAUUUUUCUGUCAA